GUGAGUGCACGUAGCCGAGUGGGCGGUUUCACUUCGAUUGUCAAUCUUUUAUCGCUUCUCUGUGUGUCACCAACGCUGUACUCUUUUCUCCACACUGCACCAUCAACGACGUCGAGGGACCAUAGGGGGGCACACAGCGAAGCAGGGGAACUGAAAUGUAAACGGGCAACGAUUGAUCAUAACCCUCGGACUUGUCAGCCUUUCAUUUCCAGCCGAGUCGCCGUGAGACAGCAGAAACAUAUGGCUCCCUGAAAUAGCUGCUGCGGACCAUAUUGAACUGCAAUUGAGUCACGCCAGAGGGUCAAUAGUGUUAUAAGAUAAAAGCCGGAAAGCUUCCACUCGUGACUAUAGUUUCUAUGAAAUAUAUGUUAUUUUUAUACCGGUGUUUUUGUGGUUUCUUCGUUUUUGUACGCUUUCGGUGAUCAGGCGCAGCUCCCCUUUCUAACACUCAUCAUAACAAGACUCGGUUUAGCGGGUUGCUUGCUCGGCGAUAAAUUAAAUUAGAUGAAUAAUUCACUCAGCGGAUAGAAGAGUGCGUCGUUUAGCCCAGUCACUCUUCACCGGCGCCCGUUCGUCCCAGUUUGCCUCGGGAUUGGGUCUCUUCGCCACCGGGAGUUCCCCUACCUCGGCUCGGUCUCGUCGUUGUUCUUCCCGGUGACCUGCAGAAGAGCGAGCUCGCGCUCCUCGCUAACAGAUCAUGUCGGCGGAGUCGGUGUUGAUCCCGGACGACCGGGCAUUCAGCAACUUCAAGGAGGAGUGCGGGAGCGAGGAGGGCUGGAGUCUGACCUACAACAAAACUGGCAUGACCGUGUGGACCCAGACUAUAGGAGGAGACGAGGAGAAGUCACUCCACAAGAUUAAGUGUCAGAUGGCGUGUAAAGACGUGCCAGCUGAGACCAUGUAUGAUGUUCUUCAUGACAUCGAGUACCGGAGGAAAUGGGACGCAAACGUCAUCGAAACCUUCGAUAUCGGAAAACUCACUGUUAACGCAGACGUGGGCUACUACUCCUGGAAGUGUCCCAAGCCGCUGAGGAACCGUGACGUCAUCACGCUGCGCUCCUGGCUGCCCAUGGGCAGUGAUUACAUCAUCAUCAACUACUCUGUCAAACAUGCCAAAUACCCCCCUAAGAAGGACAUGGUACGAGCGGUGUCCAUCCAGACUGGCUACCUGAUCCAGAGCCAUGGACCGGACCACUGCACUCUUACCUACCUGGCACAUGUGGAUCCAAAGGGUUCACUACCCAAGUGGGUUGUUAACAAGUCUUCCCAGUUUCUGGCUCCCAAAGCGAUGAAGAAGAUCAGUAAGGCGUGUCUAAAGUACGGAGAGUGGAAGCAGAGACACAACCCAGGCUUUAAGCCCUGGCUCUACCCUGAGCAGACUACACUUCCCACAAUCCCUGUGUCCGAGCUUAGCAUCCAGCACGCAGACAGCCUGGAGAACAUCGACGAGAGUACACUCAGCGAGAUGCAAACGCGGGAGGAGAGAGACAGCGACUAACAUCACACACACACAUAACACACUCUGUUUUUCCUCUCCAGUCAGUCUCUUAGUCCUGAAUCACUGCCCUUAUUGUUCAUUAUAACAUGUGUCUCUGGAUCACAUUGGCUGUCUCCUGUAAAGAAUCCUGAACACACACACACCGGUCCGCUCUCUCUUCCUCAACACUACAGAUGUAUGAAUGUAUGUAGAGUUCAAUCUUAAAUACAGAUUCCUACAAAGGUUUUCAUAUUUAA